CAAAGAAGCCUGUCAAAGAAGAGAAGUUGUUAAGGCUAAGAUGACACAACUUAUGUAACUGUAUCCAUAUGAAAAAAUAAGCAAGGACAAGAUAAGCCACCGACCAAGGAGACGGAGUAUUUCCGCUGAAAAAAAAAAUGCAGUGACAUUAGUUAAAGGGACGCCAUUCGAAAGACACUGGAAUCAGCCUAUCAUCCUCUUUGGAAUAAAGGAAGGGUCAUGACCCAGUUGCCAUGCGCAUCACCACGGUGACCAGCCUUCCUAGUCCCUCCCCCCUCCUCCUCUUAUUGGUCCAGCUGCUGUUGCGGCUCCUCCUCCCCGGUCACGAGGCAGUGGGGGCCGCCUCCACCUGUCCUGCGGUGUGCAGCUGUUCCAAUCAAGCUAGUCGAGUAAUCUGCGCUAGACAACACUUAGAAGAGGUGCCGGAUAAUAUAUCAAACAACACACGAUACCUCAACCUACAGGAGAACACCAUACAGGUGAUAAAAUCAGACACAUUCAAGCAUUUGAGGCAUCUGGAGAUCCUCCAGCUCUCCAAGAACCAGAUUCGACAGAUAGAGGUUGGUGCAUUCAAUGGCCUUCCAAACCUCAACACUCUGGAACUGUUUGACAACCGCCUCACGCUGGUGCCAUCGCAAGCUUUUGAGUACCUUAGCAAGCUGCGGGAACUGUGGUUACGAAACAAUCCCAUUGAGACCUUACCAGGCUACGCAUUUCACCGUGUUCCCUCGCUACGGCGUCUUGACCUGGGCGAGCUCAAAAAGCUGGAUUAUAUAUCUGAUGCAGCCUUUGUUGGACUCAUCAAUCUGCGCUACCUGAACUUGGGUAUGUGUGGCCUGAAGGACAUCCCUAACUUGACUCCCCUGGUGCGCCUGGAGGAGCUAGAGUUGUCUGGGAACAGGCUGGAAAUCAUCAGACCAGGAUCUUUCCAAGGCCUGGAAUCUUUGCGCAAGCUAUGGCUCAUGCACUCUCAGAUGUCGGUCAUUGAGCGAAAUGCUUUCGAUGAUCUCAAGAAUCUAGAGGAGCUCAACUUAUCUCACAAUUCCCUGCACUCUUUGCCCCAUGACCUAUUCACCCCACUUCAAAAGCUGGAGCGAGUGCACCUCAAUCACAACCCAUGGGUUUGCAACUGCGAUGUGCUGUGGCUAAGCUGGUGGCUUAAAGAAACUGUGCCGAGCAACACAACUUGCUGUGCACGAUGUCAUGCACCCCCCUACCUGAAAGGAAAAUACAUUGGGGAAUUGGACCAGAGCCAUUUCACUUGUUAUGCCCCUGUCAUUGUGGAACCACCCACAGACCUCAAUGUAACGGAGGGCAUGGCUGCCGAGCUCAAAUGUCGCACUGGUACCUCGAUGACCUCUGUGAACUGGAUCACACCGAAUGGCACCCUAAUGACCCAUGGCUCCUAUCGUGUCAGGAUUUCAGUGCUGCAUGACGGCACACUGAAUUUCACCAAUGUAACACUGCGUGACACUGGACAAUACACUUGCAUGGUGACCAACUCAGCUGGGAACACUACAGCAACUGCUGUCCUGAAUGUGACCGCAGCAGACGUUAGUGUCAACUACACCUACUUCACCACAGUCACAGUAGAAACAGUGGAGACUACAGGAGAGGAAGACUCUGCCUUGCGUACCUUCAACGAGACUUUUAUCCAUAUUCCUGGACCGACCCCUUCUGGGCACCUCUGGCAUGAAGUUGUUCCCACAACUGCCUCUUCUCUCUCAAUCUUUGGAUCAUCAUCUUCUCCUCGAGCAACUAAACCCACAUUCACAGUCCCCAUUUCUGAGCCAAGUUACCCCUCUGGACUAGAUGACGUGAUGAAAACGACCAAGAUCAUCAUUGGUUGUUUUGUGGCCAUUACCUUUAUGGCUGCUGUCAUGCUGGUGGUGUUCUACAAGCUGAGAAAGCAGCACCAGUUGCACAAACAUCAUGGGCCAGCACGAGCCAUCGAAAUCAUUAAUGUUGAAGAUGAGAUUGGAGCUGGAACGGGCAUCCGUGGCAGCGGCAUCUCAGGAGGAUCCACAGUACCCCAAAUAGGGUCUGGAGGAGGCGGACAGAGUUUGCGCCUGCACCACCCUGAAAUUGUCAACCUCCCCAACCUUGCACGGGCAGAGCAUCUUAACCAUUACUACAAGCCCCAUCACUUCAACAAUAACAUGAUGGGUCUGGGCCUUGGUGGAGGCCUAAAUAAUAACAACAACCCUUCACCCUGCUCCCAGGUCCAGACACCAAUCUCUUGCACGCAGGUGCCAGUCUCUGCAGGAAGUACAUCAUGCUCCAUACCUUCUCCAAUGCCUCUGCCGACCCUUGGCAUCCACGGGUCACUGAAAGGCCUGAUGGGUAAAGGGCAGAACCCACAGAUUGAGCCAUUGCUCUUCAAGAGUGGCUCCAAGGAGAAUGUCCAAGAAACCCAGAUCUGAAGUUGAGAAAGUGAGGAAGGGAGAGGGGGAAAAAGGUAAAUGUGCAGAUAAGAAAUGGAGAAAGAAUAUCAGGGAGACAGAAACAGAUGAAGGGUAUUGGCUGUUCAACCCCUAUGGGUAUGUUCUCAGGAGUAAUGAGAAAGGCAGACCCAGCAUUGUAUGAAAUAUUACCUACACAAGAAUACAGCUGUGAGAUCACUACAAAGUACAUAUGCUGGCAAAGGGUGGGAGAAUUUCUAGAUGGAACACAGGCAACCAAACCAGAGUUUAAAAUCAGUCUUGCCAUACUCUACCCCGCACGCAUCAAGGGGGAUCAUCAAACAUCAGCAAACAAAACUACACCUGCCAACAAAAUAUAAAUCGAUAGUUUUUCGUGCAAUGCAAGAUUGAUCAUUACGUGCCAAAACUGCACCAAUCUGUGCCAAAGCAAAAUCUUUGCACAUCAGCAUCACUACACAUAUGUACAGACAUAUUUCAGAAGAUGAAAAGAUCUGUGUACAUUACAUACAGAACUCCACCAAUAAGGCAGAGAUGCUAUUAAAAUGAAAAUCAUAUGCACCAUAGGUAGGAAGUGUAUAUACAAAUACAUGGAAACCUUAAGUAUAUGGACAGUGGUUGAGAACGAAAGACCACUUGUGCAGAUGGUUUAGAGAACAAAAUGGAUCAUUACGAUUUUGUAGUGCCAUGAUGGAAAGAUGGAUUAGUAGACCAGCACUGUGUAGAGGGCUUGUGUUUCAUGAUGAUGACGGACGCAGUCUCUCCCCUUUCUCCAAGGCUUUCACAGUUGAGGGGAAGAGAGGAAAAACAAACAAGAACCUAAAGCGCAAAAAGACAAAUGAAAGUUAUACAAAUUUUAAAAGAAUAUAUAAACUAUGAAAGUAUACAUGAUAUAUAAAUAUAUUUUCAUUCAGAGAAAUAAAUUAUGAAGAAUAUUUGCAUUUUUUCUGACUGAAAGCCACGGCUUUUGAAGAAUUAGCAGCUGCUGCUGUAGCUCUUUGUCAUUGAAAACUCCUUUCUCUCCAUAAAAACAAAAAUGCGCCUGAAACUGGUACGUCCUCAUGGGACUUAAGGGCAUCCUGAGGAGACUGAGGGACAGGGAUGGAUAUUGUGGAAAUUAUGUUUGAUUUCAGAUCAUUUGGCUUUGUUUUAUAAGUCUUACAAGGUUUCCCUUUCCUUUUCUAUACCUAACAGGGUUAAUGAGGAGAGGUUAUUUUAAUUUGCAUUAUAUAUACACAAUACUGUCUAAAUCCACAGGCCUUUAGGAUCCAAAUUGGGUCGAUCGGUUAUCACCAUUAUCAACAGAAGACAAUAAUGAUGAUACCAUGUAAUGCAAUGAAAAAAAAAACACAGUAAAAGUUGAUCUACAUGCUGCUAUUCUGAGAAAGGGUAUUUUUAGUGGGACAUU